AUGUCUGCCCAGGAUUCAAGUAAGCAGGAUAUCGACUGCCUCAUUAUUGGUGGCGGACCGGCUGGAUUGUCGGUGGCCACGGCUCUUGCUCGCCAGCUGUAUCAGGCCGUUGUGUUUGAUUCGGGUAGAUACAGGAACGAAGCAGCGUCGCACAUGCACAACGUUGCUACAUGGGAUCACCGCUCCCCAUCCGAGUAUCGCGAAACAGCUAGAAAGGAUAUCUUGGAUCGGUACGACACUAUACACUUUGAAAACACGGAGAUAGUCAGCGUGGAGCGUAUAGCGUCCGGCCACUUCGCAGCCAAAGACGCAACAGGAAGAUCCUGGGUAGGAAAGAAACUCGUCCUGGCCACUGGCUCACGCGAUGUCUUUCCCGACACUCCGGGAUAUGCCGAUUGCUGGGCAACUGGAAUAUUCGGAUGCCUCUUUUGCCACGGCUACGAAGAUCGUGGGGCAAAGUCUGCAGGUGUUCUCGCAACUGGAGAGAACAUCGCUCUGGGACCAACGAUUGUUGUCGCGCGUAUGGCCAAACGUCUUGCCGAGGAUGUGGUUAUCUACACGGACGGAGAUGAAGCACUUGCCGACGAAUAUCGCCGAGUUCUUUCAAAAUCACACAUCAUCGUCGACGCGCGUCCUAUCGCAAGCUUGGAGAAAGAGAAGCUGGGAGCAAACGUUACAGUUCAUUUCAAAGAUCAAAGCAAGAAGACCGAAGGAUUUUUAGUUCAUCGGCCAAAGAUGGAGCUCACGGGGCCGUUUGCUCGUCAAUUGGGAUUGGAACUGACCGCGACUGGAGAUAUCAAGGUAACAGAACCCAUGUACUCAACCAGUGUUCCAGGAGUAUUUGCCGCUGGAGACUGUGCUACGCAGAUGAAAGCGGUCGUGCAAGCCAUGGCCACAGGCGCAUUUUGCGCGGGUGGCGUCAGCGCAGCACUCACCUCAGAGAUGUAUGGCUGA